UUCCGUUCAUUAGUUUAUUCCAUCUGCGCCAAUCUGCGCCAUGUGCCACUAACUUCUCUGUGUCGCUAAGAGCGAAUUCUCUCGUUUUGAUAUGGGUGCAUUAUCCAAUUUUAAACGGGUGCAGCAGUGGGCAACGUUUACACGUCGUUGGCUUCUGUACGACGCGCGAUGGCAGAACCCAUUCCAGUCCGCCGAGAUGAUCUCCGAUGUGUUGCAAGGCAAACAUAAGCCGAUAUAUUUCGCCACUAAUGACUGCGGCGAUCAUGUUGUGGUGACGAACUGCAGCGAAAUCGCCAUGCCGUGGUACGAGUGGAAGUACCGUAUGUAUUACCACGAUACACGCUUCGCUGGCGGACGCUCUUGGACACCAGCAUGGCAAGUGCAGGACAAGGAUACGACAAAGGUUCUUUGGAAGGCUGUGUACAGGGCAUUGCCAGGUGACCUGACUAGGCGACCCCGGAUGGCCAGGUUGCACCUGUUCCCAGAUGACAAGGUGCCUCGCGAAAUUAUGGAAAACAUCUCCGGUCAACUGAGGCAGCUCCGGCGGGUACCCAAGAAACUCGCAGAGUACUCCGAAGAAGAGCAGGCCAAGUUCCCGAAAGUCUUUGACUACCCAGACGACUACAUUAUCCAGUAGCCUAACCAACAUUACAGUUCGCAGGUCGAUGUAGCUGAACAGUCUGUUGUGCAAAUUGUACAUCUCGAGCAUAUUUGUCUGUUUGCGGACAUUAAAUGUGAAUGCAUAUAGCGUUCACAACUUCCA